UGGUAACACGUCAUAUCUCAUCUUUACUUCGGAUGGGACGAAUGAGUUCAAAGGCUUCAAAAUCCGUGCCCGUUCGAACGGGGUAACAACUACAACAACUACGACAACAACUAGUACCACCAGCACUUCGUCCACGAGCAGCACUACGUCAACAACAUCAUUAACGACCAGAACCACAUCGGGCGCACCAACAACAGUCCCACCCACAACUAAAGCAGCAACGACAGCAGCACCAACAACCACAAAGAAACCUGAUGACGAACUGCCAAUCGGAGGGAUAGUGGGCGGAGCUUUUGGAGGAUUGCUUCUGAUACUCAUGGUUGUGCUCCUCAUUUACUGUUGCAUAUGCAAGAAGAAAGAUCGACCCAGGAGUGGUUUAAGCUCAUCUAAGAGCUUCAUGAAGAGCAUGUUCUUCAGUCGAUCUUCGACAGUCCUCGACUUGCAUCAAAAUGGUGAAAUACUUGUCAUGCCAGCUCCGGUGCAGACGAAUAUUUUUGAUCUCGAUUUGCCGAAUGCCAGUCACAAGGGGAACCUUCUGCCUCCUUUGCAUCAGCCGAUAGGAACAACAGACGGGAAUAUAAGGAACGGACCAGCAAUGACUAGGAUGGUUUCAGACCUGAAGGAACCUGGCAUGAAAGUUGAAACACCGAUACCUAACGUUGUUUGGGACAUCAACCAUCCAGACAUAUCUAAACCGGCAUUCUAUUCUGAGGCUCAACAUUCGGAUCUGAAGAAGCCAGACUAAAUGUUCCAUGUUUUUCCUUCUUCAAUUUAUAUAGUGUUAAGUGCGCUUCGUCGCAUUGUGAGAGUUGUUAAAUGCGUUAUAUUAAACAUUCAAACUUGGACAUUUUUUAGCAUGUUAUAUAUGCAAAAUGUGUGUUUUGUCGUGUUCUGUUAACGAACCUGAUUCUCCGAUGCUGUGAUAACUGCUAUUUAUUUAUAAACUGAACUGAUGACCGUCUGCUUACGAUAUUUUUAUGUUGUUAUAGAUGUGUAUUUUUUUUCUUUUUCUGAAGUAAUUGUUUUCCAUUGGGUAUAACAGUAUUCUUCUUUCAGAAUGCAACUAUUGAUCAGAACAUCGUUGUUUAUUAUAAGUAAUAUUAUUUGAAACCCUGGUGCUCGUUUCGAUGAAGGACUCUAUUCAUCUCUUUAACAAUAGUUAUUUUUUAAUGUUUACAAAGGUCACAAGUGUUAACUCAUUGCCACGUUUUGCUCCGGACCAGAACACUGUGUUCACUAUUAAUAAUGGCUAAGUUAAAUUCAUUCACAUAAUUAUGUAGCAAAGAAACGAAGCCAUGAUACGAAGAUAAUUUCAAUUUACGACUAAUAAUGCGCCAGUCAAUCGUAACCACGCCCCCGCCCCCAGGUCAGGGAGUAAACCGGGGAUAGCCGGGGAAAUGAUCCGUGUAUUUACCUUCAAGAUGGCCCUGCAGUGCCGGGUGAAUGUGGUGGUUUGGGCCUUAUCUAGGGUCCCUGGGGUGCGGGGUCAUUUGACGGGGAUUUUACCAGCAGUUCGUCCCUGCAGGGAGGGGUUUUACCCGGGCUUGGCUGGACCUAAAGUCAAAGUCCCCGCUAUUCCCCGGACCUUGGGGGCGGGGGGGGGGGUCGUGGUUUACAAUUGACCAGUGCAUAACAACUAAGAGCAUUAUUAUUGAAACGGUCUCCUGGAUCAAUAUUUACGAAAGUUCUCAGUUCUGAGUCUGGACUCAAAAUCAGAAAAUAUGUUUUGUAUAUGACAGAUUAAUUUUUUAUUACAUUUCUUUUAUAAAAAAAUAUGUGAAUAAUAGUGAACCUUUCGAAUGGAAAUGUAGUAUUAAAGUUCACCAUCAUGAACAAAAUUGAUUGUCUCGUAUUUAACCAAAACGUUUGGAAGACACUGCAAUAUAACGUUGAUAUACAUUUUAUUUCCUAUUGACUUCCACGAUAAUCAUACCAUUUGUUUUCAUUGUCUGUUCUUUUACAGUUUUUAUCAGUUUUGUUUAUUCAUGUUUUAUGUUCCAGGCUUUAUUGUUAAAAAAUGCUUGUAA